CAGCAGCACCGGCAGCCAGGGCGCUCCCCGCGGCCCUCCGGCCGCCGCAGCCGGCCCUCCGCCGGGCAGAGAGGCGCAGAGCCAGCCGGCCAGCGCUGCGUUGGCCCCGGCCUGGCCCAGCAGCAGCGUGCACAGCAGGGAAGGCACCCAGAUCCACAGUGGCCCAAGACAUGACCUGCAUACUUCUCCCCACUGCUCUAAGUCUGAUGGAGAAGCUGAAGCCCAGACCCUCCGCAAGAGCCAUUGCCUGUGUUCCGGGUGCCAGGAAUAGGACUGGAGCAGAGGCUGUGUGACAUUAGCAUGUCAGUGCUGGGGACCUCUCUCAGAGCCGUGAGAGGCUUUUGCUGCCAUGGACCUGCCCUGCAUCCCCCAUCGGUCCCUCUGCCUUCAGGCAGAGCCAGACAGCCCUGCCUUAGCUGGGCAGGGCUGAGCGAGGGGUUUAUAGGGGAAGGUGGCUAGUGGGGUGAAUCAGUGCUGACAUUUAACACCGCUGUCUCCCCCUCACACCCGUGAAAAUGGGCCACUUUGUGCGUCACUAUGUCAGCAGGCACACAGGCAUGAGGAGCUACUGGGGAGACCUGUGCUCCUUGCUGUGUUGGGAGAAACUCUCCCCCUCUGCAGAAGAGGCAGCUAAAUUUUUAUUUUUAUUUUUAUUUUCAAAAUUGAUUAAUUCCCUGGGAUUUCAUGGGGGCUGUAUACUGCUUCACAAGCUCUUGCUGGUUUUCCCUUUCUACCUCCCCAGCUCCAGUAGAGAAGCACUGUCUGGUGCUCUACCUGGGCAUGACUUACAGAGGUUAACUCAUAACCUCUGUUUCCAGACCUUCCCCCGGGCUGAACUUGUACCACCCAAGGAACAGAUCUCAUAAAUUGCCGUAAACAGUACCCAAAGGGACAGGGAGAAGUUCAGUCUGCUCCUGCCUUUCUGUGUGCAAGUGCUGGGGGCGAGCACAUGGCUGCUCCAUCCCUAUCACGGCCAUGUGGGAACCAUUGUCUGACACUACCCCAUAUUUUUGCCACAGCAGCCUGUCACCAGCCCUGAAAUGUCCAAUAACCUUACGCUGAGAAUAUCAGAAAGACAAUCUGGUUUUGUGCAUCCCUGUCAGCGCUUUGUGUCCCCGUUUGGAAGCUAGGUACCUGUGUCAGUGGUUACUCAUCCUUAUUAACCUGCAGAUUCCCGAGGGAUUUCCCAGUGUAGGAACUGAAGGCUGCGAAUUACGGGGUUCUUUUUUUUUUAGUUAACUAGGUGCUUGGGAAGCGGUUUUGUCCGCAGUACCCUGGUCGCCGGAGAUCCUCAGGUUGCACACCUCUGCUCUGGGCGAGCGCACGGAGCCGUGGCACUGCGGGAGGAGGAACCACAAGGUGGCAAUCUCUCUCCGUGCUUCUACUGGCAAAAUAAGCCUGGGACGAAAAGUCUCGGGCAGUAACUCGGAUGAAGCUCUAGGCUAGAAGAAGUGGCACUGGAGGCUGCUCUUUGGUAACUUCUCCAUCCGUUGCCCCCAAGCGGGCAGCAGAUGCAGCGUGUUAGAUCGCUAACUACCAAGGCUGCUUGUGUGUGCGCUGGCAGAGCUACCGUGUGUGUUGGCGAGGCAGUUUCCUCCUUCAUUGGAGGCACUGGCUGUAGCAGCUGCUUCUGAGUAUUGCUAACCUCACGUUACAAUGGUGCACGGUAUAAUCGUGCCAGGAUCCUGCUCUGUGCAAUGAGAUGCCUCCGCAGGAGCAAAAUAACCCAGGUGCUAGGACUAGGCAGUGACCUGCAGGCUGAGUUUUAUAUAUGGUCUGGAGCAGCCUAGGAGGUGGGGGGACUGCAAAACCUUUGUGGCAAGGGCUCAACUCUGUGCAAAGAUGUGGAGGAGAAAGAAUGCUCGGUUCAGGGUGAAGCUGCCCUGGUCCUGCAGUCUCAAACACACCAUCUGUUGCGACGAGCUGCAUCUAGCUCAGGACAUAGUUGUGUUCCUGCCAGAUGUUAGCUUACAUGUGCUCCAUGUAAAAGUAAACUGGUGCGAAAGCUGUGGUCUGAUGUGCUUUCAGUAGGAUUUGACCUGCAUAAGUGACGAUGUGCUAGCCAGCCUCUCGCCGAGAGGAUGCACUCCAGAAGUUGCAGAAAGUGGGAAGAAAACUAGCAAGCACAGAGCUGGCUUCUCAUGGAACAUGUCUGCAAUGUGAUUGUCACUAAUGCUCCACAGCCAGCCAAGAGAAGAUACUUUACCCAACUCCCGGCGGCUGGUGACCCUGGCGAGGGGCCUGGCCCCCGCCUUCCUGCGCUUCGCGGGCAAGAGGACGGACUUUCUGCAGUUCCACAACGUGAAGAACCCGGCCAAGAGCCGCGGCGGGCCCGGACCCGAUUACUACCUCAAGAACUACGAGGACGACAUUGUUCGCAGUGACAUUGCCCUGGAUAAGCAGAAAGGCUGUAAGAUCGCCCAGCAUCCUGACAUAAUGUUGGAGCUACAGAGGGAAAAGGCAGCUCAGAUGCACUUGGUUUUGUUAAAGGAGCAGUUUUCAAACACAUACAGCAACCUCACACUAACAGCCAGGUCUCUAGACAAACUCUAUAACUUUGCUGACUGCUCUGGCCUUCACCUGAUCUUUGCGCUGAAUGCCCUGCGCCGAAAUCCCAACAACUCCUGGAACAGCUCCAACGCGCUCAGCCUGCUCAAGUACAGCGCCAGCAAGAAAUACAACAUCUCCUGGGAGCUGGGCAACGAGCCCAACAACUACCGGGCCCUGAUCGGCCGCUCAGUGAACGGCAGCCAGCUGGGGAAGGACUACAUCCAGCUGAGAAGCCUGCUGCAGCUUAUCCGCACUUAUUCCAGAGCAAACCUCUACGGGCCAAACAUCGGAAGACCCAGAAAGAAUGUCAUUGGUCUCCUGGAAGGGUUCAUGAAAGUGGCUGGCAGCACGGUGGAUGCUGUUACCUGGCAACAUUACUACAUCGAUGGUCGGGUGGCCAAAGUGACCGACUUCCUGAAAACACGCCUGCUAGACACGCUGUCCGACCAGAUCAGGAAAAUCCAGAAAGUCGUGAACACCUACACGCCGGGCAAGAAGAUCUGGCUGGAAGGCAUUGGCGCUACCUCGGCCGGAGGCAUGAACAACCUCUCCGACUCCUACGCGGCCGGGUUCCUGUGGCUGAACACGCUGGGCUUGCUGGCCAGCCAGGGCAUCGACGUGGUGGUGCGGCACUCCUUCCUCGACCACGGCCACAACCACCUGGUGGACCAGAACUUCAACCCCCUGCCGGACUACUGGCUGUCCCUGCUCUACAAGCGGCUCAUCGGUCCCAAGGUCCUGGCCAUCCACGUGGCUGGGCUCCAGAGGAAACCCCGGCCGGGCAGGGUGAUCCGCGACAAGCUCCGCAUUUACGCCCACUGCACCAGCUACCACAACCACAACUAUGUCCGGGGGUCCAUCACCCUUUACAUCAUCAACCUGCACCGCUCCCGGAAGAAAAUCAAGCUGGCGGGGACGCUGCGGGAUAAGAUCGUCCACCAGUACCUGCUGCAGCCCUAUGGCAAAGACGGGCUCCACUCCAAGUCUGUGCAGCUCAACGGACAGCCGCUGGCCAUGGUGGACGAUGGGACCCUCCCCGAGCUAAAGCCUCGUCCGCUGCGGGCUGGCCGCACCCUGGUUAUCCCCCCGCUGACCAUGAGCUUCUACGUGGUGAAGAACGUGAACGCGCUGGCCUGCCGAUACCGAUAGCCCACGGCGCAGAACGGAGCCGGCAGCCCCGCUCCUGCCCCACGCACAUCCCCGGGACAAGCUGCCUCCUGGGCAGCCCGCACAGCCCCGCGGGGGCUCCGCACCGCGCCCUUCGGCCUCGCACCCUUGGACGCCCUCCUCCUCGGCAGCCUCCGCCAACCCGUGGCCAAAAAAGCUCCGCUCUGCCCAGCCGGAGCCGUUCGACGGCGAACUGGGGGGGGGCGGCGGGGCCGCAGCGGGUAGCCCCGGGGCUCCCGGGGAGGGCUGGGGGCCGGGCCCCGCUCCGGCGGCGCCGUGGGCGGCCAGCCCAGCGCGGGCACCCUCCCCGGAGCCUCGCAGCAAGCGCAUGGAAGCAGCUCCCUCUGCUGCCGCUCGGCCGCUGCGAGCGCGGCCCGGCCUGGACCAGCGCGGGGAUGCUGCGGGGAUGCUGCGGGGAUGCUCGGGGGAUGCACCGGGGAUGCUCGGAGGAUGCUCCGGGGGUGCUCCGGGGAUGCUCCGGGGGUGCUCCGGGGAUGCUGAGGGCCGGCCCGGGAGGAGGAAGCGCCCGGCUCUGCCCCGGGCCGUGCGGGCAGGGCUCGGACCCAUGGCUGUAAAUGUUGGUAAUUAAAUUAAUGAGGCCCGCAGCGGUGAGCCCGGAGGCAGGGGGUGCGCGCCCCGCGGCGGGGAGCUCCCGGCCCGAGCGGGGAUGGCGGAGCGCUGCCCGCCGGUACCGGGGGUGCGGGCUGGAGCAGCCGGGACGCACCGGGACGGGACGAGAGGGGUAAUAAAGCUGGGCUGUCCACC